AUGACUUCAGAAUCAUCGACCUCAAAUGUUAUGACUACCGAAUCAUCUUCCUUUGCUGUCACGGUUGCUUCAACUGAAGCAACUACCUCUAGUGCCGUGACUUCUUCAACUGAAGCAUAUACCUCCACUGUCACAAUCCCAGCAACUCAAUCAUCUACUUCUUCCCUGACUCACACGACUACCAUUACACCCACUGAAGAAACAUCUACCUCGUUAACAUCGACAGUUGAAUCAGCGUCUAGUUUUCCUCCCUCAACUUCAACGCAAACCGUGACGGCUUCAUCGGAAAUAAGAACUUCUUCCAGUGAUCCAACACCAACACGGGCAACUUCAACUCAAUUACCGAUUACGGAAAUUAGCUCUUCGCCCACAACAGGAAGUACCACGUCUGGUGGCGUGGAGCAAGAACCUCCAUGGUUGUCGAUGGUACUCGGCAUCGUCGCUGGAGUGGUACUGACUGUAUUACUGGUCGUGGUGCUUGUCUUGAAGGGCCUGAGGGGACCUUCAUCGCACCGCCUGUUCUUGAUUACAGAUACAAAUGCCGGGAGUUCUCCGCCUGAAGCUUCCCCUUCCAUGCAGGCGAGUCAAGAGAUAUCUUCAAACCUCACCCACGCUCCCCCUCCACCCGCACCCCCUCUACUCGCACCCACUGAACCCACCUUGGCUCCAGUACACCGAACGUUCCCUGUUCAUCCUCAUCCUUCAUUAGGUUUCGGCGUUAGAUGA